UGGAGACACCCGAAGUGCUUCGUGUCAAUACAUGAUCAUUUAUGGAUAGUAGUUACCGACUAUUGAUAUGUACCCAGUAGACACUAUGUAUUGGAUUUUUAACGACAAGGACAUCGAAUUUCUUGCUUUGACAAAAUUACCACUGUUUGUAUUGGAGAUCAAAUGUUGCGAUCAUUAUGGAAAAUAAUGGGCUAAAUAUAUAUUUACAAAGUGAACAUUGUCAGUUUUAUUAUUUAAUGUUUAUAUAAUAUUAUGCCGUUGAGAAAGUAUUAUUUAGUUGGUGACGGCACAGCUAUAGACAUGCGGCAGAAACUAGCCCGUGAAAAAAUGAUCAGGAGUGUUUCUAUAACCAGCAGUGGAGAAAACGUUGGAUCUAUGAAAUCUAAUUAUAUUUGUGAAGUGCGAAAAUCUCCGCGAGCCCCUGAAUAUGAAGUUCAUUAUGUGAAAACAAAAAAAGAUGGAAUACAACUGAAAAAACGAGCAGUAAGAAGGCCACCAGACAAGGACGGCGGCAGUAAUCGUACCCUGCCAUCAGAGGAUGGAGAGAAAAUAGAAUCGGAGACAACUAACCAAGAGAACGACGACAUGGUGGGACUACGUGUAAUAGCCUGUAACAAACAGGAUGGCCUGUAUUAUCCAGGCUAUGUCAGCCAUACACCAGAAUCAGCCUAUGCAAUUGUGAACUUUAACACCCACAAGCGUCAAAAAGUUCGCACACAGAUGAUUAUACCCAUGAGUGGUGCAAUAGCCAGGCCAGAGCUUGCUCCAGGUGAUUUCGUGCUUGUGCGUGUGUUCUACCAAACUAUGAAGUCGGAAUGUUUCGUCCCAGCCAUUGUCGAAGUUACACCUGAAGAUUUUCGACACCAUGCAAAGUUUUACUCUGUUCUACUGUAUAACGGACAGAGGGAAACGACAAUGAGGAAGUUUAUUGUAAAGAUUGGGAAAGCAAGAUUUGAGAUGGCAAUAAAGUAUAUAACACAUGUACAACAACAGAGAAUACUCAGACAAGAGAGUGCCUUAUCAGAGAGUUCCUCUCUACCAAGUCCUCAGUCUCAGAGGUCAAAGAGGUCAGAGGAUGACGCUUCCUCAACCAGAUCCUCACAGUCAGGUAGAGGACGGCGUAAAAAAGAAAAAAUUACAAAGAAAUUGGUGCAUAAAAAAGAGGAGAGUAAAGCUAAGAAAAGAAGAAAAAGCAGAUCGAGGUCAAGGUCGCAGAGCAGUAAAUCUUCAAGGUCAAGAUCCCACUCAAGGUCAUCGUCAUCAUCAAGGUCAAGGUCAAGGUCUCAGAGUUCAAGGUCACAGUCUGAAAGGUCUAAAUCAAGGUCAGAUUCAUCAAGGUCAAGAUCUAGGUCUUCCGAAAGGUCAGGCAGUUCAAGGACAAAAUCUGUCUCAUCAAGGUCAAGAUCUAGGUCUUCAGAAAGGUCAGGCAGUUCAAGGACAAAAUCUGUCUCAUCAAGGUCAAGGUCGCAGUCAUCAGAGAGGUCAGGCAGAUCAAGGACAAGAUCUGUUUCGUCAAGGUCAAGAUCUAGAUCCUCUUCAAGUUCAACUGUCAGGUCAAAGUCAUCUGUGAAAAUGUCAAGGCCAAAGUCUGCUGCUCCACCAAGGUCAAGGUCGUCAGAUAAAAGUUCAAGGUCAAGGUCUCGUUCAAGGAGCCAGGGGAGUGAUAGAAGUAAAGGCAGUUCAACUCCGAGGGCACGGUCACCAUAUGACCGGCCACGCAGACCGACACCCUCGGCUCACCGCAAAACCCCACAUGUAAGGACAGACUCUGUGCUAGGAAGUGCUGAUGUCACAAGAAAAGAUAUAUACAAUGAGCCAUUGUCUGAGCAAAGUCAUUCCACCAAGAUGUCCAAGUUGGUAAAUGUUGAUGAGAAAGACGAAGUGAUUCAAGCCCUACAGUAUCAACUGGAAAAACAAAAACGCAAACAACUUCGACAAGAAAGGAGAUUGGUGCGGCAAGCUCGCAAAAUUAACAAGAUUCGGAGAAAGAUCAGAGACUCGGAUGUAUCCCACAAUGAGUCGGGACAGUCGUCACACACAGACCGCUCUGAUAGAACAAAAAGUCGUAGAUCAUCAUCAUCCGAUACAGACACAUCACCACAGAGACGAAAAGGAAGUCCUGAUGGUACGAGCUACGGAGAGUCACCUGACCUUCAGAGUCAGCGGAGGUCAUCACCAGGGUUACGGAUGAACCAGGAAGUGUUGGCACGUUGGCGUGAUGAUGGUUGGUUCUACAGGGGCUGUGUUGUCGCUGAUGGGAAAGACCAGAAAUACGUGAUUAGAGACUGUACAGGGUACAUGGAGACUAUACUAAGAGAUGAUAUUCUCACAGAUACCGAACACAGAUUUGAUGCAAUACAGCCAGAAGAUCAUGUGAUAGGCUUACAUCCUAAAUACGUGUUUAGCUAUGCCCCGGCAGAGGUUCUCGGUACAUACGCUAACAGCAGUGUCAAGGUCGAGUUUUUCGAUGGAAAUAUUUCUGAACUGACAUCAGAAGAAGUAUAUAAGAUCUCAAAGGCAAAAUAUGAACAAGUGGUCGAAUAUAUAAAGAGAUGUGAGAAGAAUUUGAUUGGACUUUCAGUUGUUGCCAGGGACGAUGAUACUGGCUUGUAUAAACUUGCUGUGGUUGAUUCAAGAGUUGGUCUUGGACAGCAGUACUACAUUAAAUGGCUGGAUGGCGACAUGAGCAAGCAGAACGCAAACCAUAUUUUUGAGGUCGGGAAACGGCAGACGCGCCACGAGGACUGGUCCCAUGUUUUAGCUCCAGUCAGCCAGCAUAGUAUGACAUUUAUGCCAGCAGAGGUGAUACAGUCUAACCCAUUUGUUGUACAGUUUUGUAAUGGAAAAAGGUCAUCUGAUGCCACAUUUGACCAAUGUUUCUGGCUGAGCAAAGAAUAUUACAGUAACGCCAGGGGAUAUUUAAUGGAUAUGAAGUACAGAAAACUUACAGAUGAUAUACAUUCCCAUAGAGAUAGAGAAUAACUUUUUUUGAAACUGACUUUAGAUCUAGCAAAUAAAAAAUUCACAAACUAUAGAAAACAUACAGAAACUAUUUUUCAAGAAUUAAGAAUUGACUUGUGGAAACUCAAGAAAUCAAGGGGAAAAAUCAGUUUGAGAAAGUGAUUAGCUUAUGAAAAAGGCUAUAUAACAUAGAUAUACACAGUGGCUGAGAAAUAUGUUUAUGAAGAAAUGUAAGGUAAUAUACAGUAAAAUGUAUGCAUAUAGACUAGCUUUUAGAAACAGACUGUCAGUUUUAGGUAAUGUAAAAAAUAUAGAAGUUAUAGAGACGAAUACAGACAAUCUCAGCCGUUUCCCCAAGAGACAGCACCUUGUUUGUGGAUACAGACUAUAGAUCAAGGGAGUAUACUAUGAUAUAAAACAUAACAAGGAAUAUUACCCAUAGUAUAGUCAGUUCUUAAGAUACAGAGGCUAGCACUGUAUAUGGACUGUUUAUAAUAAUGACAACAGAUAUUUAGAAAAAAAAAUGAUACAAAGGGGGGAAAAUCUUACCUUGUCUGUUGCCAGAAUUCAGUCCAGAUUGUACUAAGUACCAAUCAUUAGAACUAGUAAUCAAAUUAUUACAUGUAUGUGCUGUUUGCUUAAAAAUAAAUAUAUAACAAUUUCUUGUAAGGUUUAUACAGUCCACACAACAUGUGCUAUUUACAAUGAGUUUAUUAAGUAGUAUUUUUAGUAUUGAGUAACAGGUUUUUAGACCAAAAUUGUUGCAUUUAUUUUUUACUGAAUAAGAAAGGGAGCUAAAUUUUACUGUAGAUUGAAUAAUAUUCUUUUUUUUUUUAAAUAGAUUUUUGGAUCAGUGUGACUCGCAAUAUUAACCAGCACUACCAUAUACCCUAAAAUAAAUGCACCUAGGAUGAUUGCAUUUUCAUAGUUAUUUACAACUACAAAUAAUUUAAAAACAUUUUAUGAAAUAAACCUUAAUUAACGGAGGUGUAUAAGGUAUGUUCCAAAUUAUAACUCGUAACAUGCGAAUUUUAAAUUACGUGAAAAAAGUCAUUUACAAGCUAACCAUGAAAGAAGCUCAGUGACACACAUAAAAAAACAGCCAGUCAGCAGUUACGUUUUUGCAAGCCCUUUGAAAUAAAAAUGAUAAGUGUCUUUUUGUUCCCUAUUUUAGAUACACUGGAUUAGUUUUUAGACCAAGAUGUGUGGUUUUAUAGUCAGUACAGGUUUGUGUGAAUGUGCUGAUUUUGUAUGGACUUGCAAUAGAAACACAUUAGCAAUAUACACAAGAGAUUUUGUUAUGUCAAAAUUAAGAUCUGUUUUCAUAUUCAUUCUCAUGUUCCAAAAUAUUUUUUUUUGUACAAAAUUCUUAAUAGUACCUUUUUUUCUCCGAAAACUUAUACACUUUGAAAAAACCAGUAAUUUGUAAAAUAAUAUACACAGGGAUAUAACUUCUUAAUAUCGCUGAUGGCAAUAUUCCUAGCUGUCAGAAACUGAACAGGUAGAAUACAAGACAAUGAAUCUAGAGACCACAAGCUCUAACUAUCAGACAAGUGCUAUCUCCUCACAAGCUCUAUCUAACAGGCGAGCGCUGUCUCCUCACACGCUCUAACUACCAGGUGAGCGCUGUCUCCUCACAAGCUCUAACUACCAGGUGAGCACUGUCUCCUCACAAGCUCAAUCUACCAGGUGAGCACUAUCUCCCAACAAGCUGAGAUCUAUCUCCUGAGAAGCAUUUUCUCUAGACAAGCUCUAUCUCGAGAUGAGCUCUAUCUCUGGUCAAGUUAUAUCUUGAGACAAGAUCUGUCUAUAUUUAACAAGAUCUGUCUCCUUAUUCUCCUGACAAACUCUAUCUAGAUAAAUUCUAUCUUCAGACAAACUCUAUCUCCUCUUUCUCCAACUGAGCUCUAUCUCUGGACAAACACUAUCUGCAGGUGAGCUUUAUCUUCAGGCCAUUUCUGUCUGCAGCUGAGCUCUAUCCCAACUGAGCUCUAUCUCUGGACAAACACCAUCUGCAGGUGAGCUUUAUCUUCAGGCCAUUUCUGUCUGCAGCUGAGCUCUAUUCCAACUGAGCUCUAUCUCUGGACGAAAUUUCAUCUGUGCUAUGAUAGAUAAAAUAUAGCUUAAAUAAAUUUGUUAUAAACUAAAUUAAAUGUUGGUGUUGACAAUAAGGUUUUGCAAUACAGACAUCAGCUGUAGCUGUCUCAUUUAUUUCACGCACAUCUUUGUCUUAGAAUGAUAACUUGUUAAUAAGACGUAUAAUUUAUUCUGUUAUUUCUAUAUCGUUUAGUGAUAUUAGUAACUCUUUUUACUGUAUUUAUUAUCAUAAUCAUAUUUGCUACUGCCAUAAAAAUGAAAUGGUUACCAUAGUAUUUAAAUUGCUUUUUGUUUAAUCAUUAUACAAUUGUACAUAUUCAGUAAUAUUUUAAAAUCAUUUUUUUAUUUUGUUCUAAAAACCUUCAUUAUUUUACUUUAUAUCGUAAUUUAUUAUCAGAACUAAAAGUAAUGUGUUUAUUUAGUCUGUGUUUAUUUUUUUCUGCAAGAAAUGUAUUUCUAAAUGUGUAAUCUAUAUUAGUUAAGAGAAAUUGCUGACUUGUGGAUUUCAAGAGACAAGAAAAGCCACAGAACCAAAAUUAAUAAUGAAUAGUUAACUGUAUGAUGUACAGUCAAACCUGAUCUUAAGAUCAGCUGUGAACAGAAUACAACCUGGUUUUUAAGGCCACUUAUUUUUGAUCUCAUCAGACCAUUUUAAAUGAGCUGUGCCAUGAGAAAACCAAUAUAGUGGCUUUGCGACCAGCAUGGAUCCAGACCAGCCUGCGCAUCCGUGCAGUCUGGUCAGGAUCCAUGCUGUUCGCUUUCAAAGCCUAAUGGAAUUAGAGAAACUAAUUAAUAGCGAACAGCAUGGAUCCUGACCAGACUGCGCGGAUGUGCAGGCUGGUCUGGAUCCAUGCUGGUCGCAAAGCCACUAUGUUGGUUUUCUCAUGGCACGGCUCAAAUGUAGUUUCACCUUUGAAUAAAGUAACUUACAAAGAAAGAUCAGUAUAUUGGUUCUCCAGGUUUUGGUCUUUAUGUAGAGGUUUAUCAACUUGUGCUAAAGAUCACCUCUUGACAGAGGCCACUUUGCCGCUAAUUUCUUAUCUGAUCAAACCAUUUGAAAUGUUUGUACUUAUGAAUAAAGGUAACCUGCAAAUAAAGGCCAUUUUUAGGCUGUUGGUGUUCAUAUACAGUAUUGUCAACCUUUGCUUAAAGGCCACCUGUGAACAUAGACCAACUGAUCAGAGCCACUGAUUUCUUAACCAUUUAAAAUGUAUUUAGCCUAUGAAUAAAGACCACUUUCAAAUAAAGACCAUAUGGUCGUUUUAUACAGGUUUUACUGUAUGUAUUUACUGUUACAUUUGCCUAAGUGUUUGUUGAUGCUUGCUUUUUUUAAAGAUGAUUUUGAUUAGUCAUCAGAGUCUGUGAUACUUACUAGAUAUUAAAAAUGCUCAUUUUA